CAAUAGACAUUCCAUUCAUAGGAACCAUUCCUGAUAAGAGUGGUGAGGUGUGCCAUUAGUGUGACAGAAGAAUUCAAGCGGAGGUGGGACUGCAUCAGGGAUCAGCUCUGAGCCCCUUCCUGUUUGCAGUGGUAAUGGAUAGGCUGACAGAUGAGGUUAGACUGGAAUCCCCUUGGACCAUGAUGUUCACAGAUGAUAUUGUGAUCUGCAGUGAAACCAGGGAGCAGGUGGAGGAACAAUUGAAAGAUGGAGGCAUGCACUGGAAAGGAGAGGAAUUAGCCCAAGUAAAACAGAAUAUAUGUACAUGAAUGAGAGCAGGGGAGGGCGAAGAGUGAGGCUACAGGAAGAGGCGAUCGGGAGGGUAGAAGACUUCAAAUACUUGGGGUCCACAAUCGAGAGCAAUGGUGGGUGUGGUAAGGAAGUAAAGUGUGUUAUGUGAUAGAAGAGUCUGCUCAGAUGAAGGCCAAAGUGAAACAGUGGUGAGGCCAGUGUUAAUGUACAGAUUAGAGAUGGUGGCAUUGAAAACAACAGGAAGUGGAGCUGGAGGUGGCAGAAAUUAAGAUGUUGAGCCUCUCUCUAAGAGGGAGCAGGUUGGAUAGGAUUAGCAAUUAGCUCAUCAGAGGGACAGCCAAAGUUCGAUGUUUUGGAGACAAGCUUCGAGAGAGCAGACUAUUAUGAUUUGGACAUCUCCAGAGGCUCGAGAGUGAGUAUACAAUGGUGCUGAGAAUGUAAAAGUAAAAGAGCGAGCAGAAGACCAAAGAGAAGGUUGGUGGAUGUUGUGAGGGAAGACAUGAGGGCAGUUGCUGUUCAGAGAGAAAGAUGCAGGAGAUAGGCUUACGUGGAAAAAGAUGACGUCUGUCCCAAGGAGCAAAAAUCCCCAAUUCUUUAUAUUUUUUGCUCAUAUAUUGUUGCACAACAGUGUCGAGCAUUCCCUCACUGAUCACAAGAAAUCCUGAACAUAAUUGUUUACUUUUCUCAGAGCUAAAAUCUUCUUCUUUUUUUGUCGUCGCCGCAUGUGUCCUCCCUUGUGUGACUGUUUUGCUUAAACACUGGGUUUCACUUCACUUUUUUAAUGAAAACAUGUUGACUAAGAAAAAAGUUAUUCCUCCCAAUGUGCCAGCUCAUCACUCACUUCAUUUUGUUUUUGUUUGUUCGUCUUGACCUUGUUAGUCAAAUAAUCCCACUGUCAGCAAAGAUAAGCUUUGUUGUUACAAUAGUAGAAUACUUUCUGAAUUAGAUGCUUGAUUAUGUACCGUAAUUUAUCGAGUAUAAUGCAUCGUUAAUGUGCCACUGUCAUAAAAUGCAUGAUUUUUAGUAUGUUAUUAAUGAAAAAAGGCACCACACAACAUGAUUUUGACGUAUAUAUCAUAUAUAGGGAUUUGUUUUCAAGAAGAAUCAGGAAGUGACGUGAGUAGCAGACGCCCACUCAAAUGGUCUCGUAUGUUUCUACUAGUUUUACCUGCUGGAAGGUAGCUCUUUGUUCCUUCUUGUUAGCCAAAACGCCGACUCGUUGUAUUGCUGAAUAUAGUUCGAACACUCGGUAGGAUGGAUUUAUUCGUCAUACUUUUCAAAAAGACCCGGUUUGUUGUGAAAAAUGGAUUGCACAGGUGCAAAGGACGAGAGCUUUGUGGGUUCCAAAUGACAGAUAGGUGUGUAUACAGCUACUAAAAAGAAUAACAGUUGGGGAGGGGCGGACAUAAUCCUCUCAGAAUGUAACAAAAGAUCCGCGCACGUAAAUCAGGGGUGCUAAAUAUGUUUAUGUACCCGUCGGUGCCGAGGACGGCUUCAAACGAGGGGCACAUCUUUGGUCGGGUUGGCUCAUAAAUAUUGUCUGGGAGUCUGUUGUUAGUUAGAAGUGAUCUGCAAAUAUGGCUUGAAACGAUUGGGUAAUAUUGCCCCGGUCACUUCACUCGAUUGUCUCCGCGGUGGGCGGCUUCGGCCGGGCUGGCUCAUACAUACUGUCUGGGAGUCUGUUGUUAGUUAGAAGUGAUCUCCAUAUCAUCUAAAUAUGGCUCGAAAUGAAACAAUAGGCUAAUAUUGUUCCGGUCACUUAACUUGAUUGUGUCUGCGGCGGACGGCUUCAGUCGGGCUGGCUCAUACAUACUGUCGCGAGUCUGUUGUUAGUUAGAAGUGAUCCGCGUGUCAUCUAAAUAUGGCUCGAAAUGACAGAGCAAUAUUGACCCAGUUACUUCACACGAUUGUGAGAUGUUCUCUUUGAAAAGAGCUACAGGUGGCACAGCGUGUUUUCAAUGGCGAAUGUCGCAGUGUGAACAGAAUGAACAGAGGAUGCAGGCAAUAUGGCUCCCAGUUGGAUGUCGAAUGAGACUUCCGCAACUUUGCACAUGGAUGACGCGCUCUCCACUCAUGUUCAUUUUUUUGUAUGGACAUUGAAGUGAAUGUUAUAUGUAUUUUUUAUUACAAUAUCUAUCUUAGAAUGUUUAUAGGCAUCACACUUGACCUUUAAUUAUAAUGUGAACCCCCAAAGUUGAUUUAAAAAAAAAAUUAAAAAAAUAAAAAAAAAAAAAUCAGGAAAUCACCAAUCACCAAUGUAAAAUGCGCACCACCAAUGUGCUCCUAGCCAUAUGCUCAAAAUAUUGACAAUAAUCUGUAUUUGUAUUUUAUUAGAUUUAUACUUGUAUUUUUUUUUUUCAAAAACUCUCUAAAAAAAAAAGUCUCUACAAAAACCAUUAAUAAAAAUCAUUGCGCAUGUGCUGAUGUAGCUCCAAUAUAUAACUCGGCACUGGCCACAGGACACGUUUGUCCUGGUCCCAGUAAUUGUCAGAACAGAAUCCCUCAACCGACUAAAAUAAAUGCUCAAUGAUCGCAUGAGAUUUUAUUAUUAGUGUUGAUAAUACAUAUUACAGUCUUAAAAAUAAUAAAUAUUAACACUUUUAACGUAAACAUUUUUUUGCAUUGCAUCAUGAACAUCUCAUCUUGCUCCCGCAGUAUGUCAUCCUCUAUGCCAUCCAUGGCAUUUGUGAGGAAAUAUGUUUUGAAUCCCAAGAAAUUUGGUUAAGCAGUGCAGGCUCUCCCCAACCAUUCGGCUCCUAUCUGUCGGAGCUUUCCUACGGCUUCUAGUGGCAAUCAAAACAACGUGAGCUCAAACUACGUAGAAACAAGCGUAAUGGGCACAUUUAAAAAAAAAAAAAAAACUAUUUCAAGUCUGUAUGCUCUCCUGUUUUUUUAAAUGUACUCAUUACGCUCGUACUUCGAAGUUUGAGCUCACAUUGUUUUGAUAACGACCUGAAGCCAUCGGGCUUGUUGUUUUGGACUGCCGCGUUGCUUCCGGGUUCCGCGUCAGCGACGACACAUUUCUUUUUAAAGCAGCUGCACAACUAGUCAUUGUAGUCAACAUUUUUUGUCUUAGUUUAAGUUAAACCAAACUCACAGGCAGUUGUUUCUGAUCUUUGAUGCAGGAGAACCAAAUACGGUACGCUAACGAUCUUAAAAUGCGAAGCUCAGUUGCUGAAUUUCCACUGACGCCCUGGAGGUUAGCAGUGCCGGGGGCGGGAAUUGUUAACCCGGGCCACGACCGAUCCGGUUCUCAGGUAGUGGCCCGCAGUGUCCUUCAGGCAGCCUCUGUCCACUUGACCCCAGUGACUUUGGAGCUGGGUGGCAAGUGUCCAUGCUUCAUUUAUGGAACAGUGACUAUUGAAGCUGUUGCACGCCGCUUAGUAUGGGCAAAGUUUUUCAAUGCAGGACAGAGCUGUGUUGCACCAGACUAUGUACUUUGCUCCAUGGCCACACGAGAUGCUCUUCUUCUUGCCUUGUGUGAAACCCUGAAGGAUUUCUAUGGCAAUGACCCUCAGACCUCUCCAGAUUUGUGCCGUAUUGUUUCACAACGACACUGGACUCGUCUAACAGAACUACUAAAGAAGUCCAAUGGCACGGUUGUUGUGGGAGGAGAAACUGACCAUAAGGAUAAAUACAUUGCUCCCACAGUGGUUUAUGUAGCUGAAGAUGACACACUCAUGAAAGAGGAGAUCUUUGGCCCCAUUCUUCCUAUUCUGACUGUUGAGUCUCUGGAGGAAGCCAUUGACUUCGUCAAUCACAAGGAGAAGCCAUUGGCGCUCUACAUUUUCUCUAACGAAACAUCUGUAAUAAACACAGUGUUGGAGAAAACCAGCAGUGGGGGGUUCUGCUCAAAUGAUGGGAUUAUCCACAUGACACUUCCAGGACUACCAUUUGGAGGUGUAGGGGCCAGUGGCUGGGGCUCUUACCAUGGUCGCUGGGGCUUUGAGACCUUUAGCCACCGAAGGGCCUGCAUGAUGCGUGGUUGGGCUUUGGAGAAACUCAAUGGCCUGCGCUACCCACCAUAUGGAGAUAAUAAACUGAGCUGGCUGCGCUGGACCACCUCACCCAAGGCGACUUGCUUACUUAUGUGACAGCAGACAGUUUAUUUAGUUUGUAUGAAUACAUUUGUGUGGGAAUAUAUUUGGAUCAAAGUAUUGUUCAGUAUCCAUUUAGUAACUGUCACAAUAUUAACUCGUGACGUUAUUGAGUUUGUAAAUCCUUAAAAUGAUUUCCUGGAACUGUAUUUUCACUAUGUAUCUUUUUUAGGGUUAGGUUAGGAACUUAAUGCUGAAUUUCAUGCUAAUUUUAUACAGUCGCUGAAAUACAGUAAGUAUAUCACACAUCAAAAUUUUCUCAAAAAUAUUUCCAAAAGUGCUAUUGACAUCACAUUUUCACCAGAUGUUAGAAACACAAGUAAUCUAUACAUACAAACAAAGCAGAGCAAAUAAGAUCAGAAAUAAAGUUGUGUCUAAUGUGAAAUGAUGGAAAAAGUAUUGAACAAGUUAACUGGUAUUUGAUACUUUGCAUGCAAUGACAGUUUAGAGCAAGGGUGUCAAACUCAUUUCACAUUGUAGGUCACAUACAGCCUCGGUAGAUGUCAAGUGGGCCAGACAUUUAAAAUAAUACCAUACUCUGCUAUAAAUAACCAAAAUAUCAUGCCUUUCCUUUGUUUUGGUGGAAAGAAGCACAAGAACAUUAGGAAAAUGUUUGAACAUUCCUUUUACCAAACAUUUCAUGAAACACCUCAGAUUUCCUUAGACAAAUGUGCAAUUUUCUUUUAUCAUUCACAUGUAUGCACUGGUCCCACUGAUUUUACAAAGGCAAAAACUUUAACAAGUAUUAGGUUUUGAAAAAUAUAGUAAUGCACUUUAAGAUUAAACGAGAUUUAUAAAGAAAGGAAUUUUUAAACCAUUUACACAUAUGCAUAUAAAAUCUAAAUUUAAUCCCUGCUACACUUUACAAACUAACGAGACUCCUAUUUAAUGUGUAAAGAAGAAAGUAUUGACAUUUCCUCUCAAUGUGUAAACUUCAUACAUGAAACACACAAACACAUACAAUACAUACUGAAAGUUCAUGGAAUUGCAUGAACAGUAGAAUUCCACCAUACUUUUUUGUAGUGAAGUUGCUGAUUAAGGAAUACAAGAGUUUGAACUUAAAGUAGUUCAAGAGAUGUUGCUGCAUCCUGUGUAUGAAAGUGUGAGACUGUAAAGUGCUGAGUGUGUGACUGGUGGAACGAAACAGGGUAUGUGGUGCAAGAAUGUGCAAGAAGGGAAUGUUUUAGAACAGACGGUGGUAACUGCUAGAAGGGUGCGGAGACGAGAGGACUCAGAGGCAGUUGGUGGAAAAACUACUGUCAGGAAACCACCACCAGGAGGAGCCAGCACGCGAUUCUGUAGGGGAGGAGUCGGGCCAACAUCCGGCGGAGCAAAGGAGACCAAUGAGAGAGCGCCAAGGAUACCUGCAGGAGACACAGAACCAAUAGUGAAUCAGUAGAUUGUACUUUAAAAUUGUUCUGGGAAACUGGAUGUAGAGUACGUCUGCUGGUGGCAACAGAGACGUACAGGGUUGUAAAUGAGAGGGACCCGAGACCCAGGUGUGUGUUGAAGGAAUAAAUCCACUCGUGUGUGAAAAUGCCGGCUUCCUGAUACCUUUCUAUUGCAGAACGAGCGCGCGUAUUGUUGGAUGAGUGGCAGUUGGGGAAGGUCACAAAUUGGAGUCAGAUUACUAAUUUAAGUUAAUGAUGAUUUAGAAAUAAAUUUCCAACACUGACUAACAUUGAACUGGACAUUUUUUUAAUCACCACAGUAAGGAUUCAUCUUCAUAGAGCUGUUUAUUCAAUGCAAACAGUAUCUAAGGCAUCAUUUUAAAGGCGUUAGUCUAGUCUGGACUUGUUUUUGUUCCUGAUACUUGGCAUCUUUUGGCCUGUACAAGUCCAUCAAUACCAUGUGCCAUGUCCUGGCGAGCUGUCACUUUCAGAAUGUCAUUUUCUGUAAGUGCUUGUUUGUGAGCCUUGAACACCUUUUGGUGUUAUUGAUAUUCAUUACAAAGAAAAUUUAUUCACAAAGGCAGGUUGUCCCAAAAAUGCACACAUUUUAGCAGCCAGGGCUCUUAAGUUGGGGUAUACUGGUAGUAGAUACUGAUAAAAUUUGUCCUGACCUACCGAGGCAAAUUUGUGCUUCAAAUCUGCAUCACAUUGCAAAACAAUUAUUUCUAGCUGGAUUUCAACCAGCAGAUCAGAAGCUUUAACUGUGAAAGGUGAGCGAAAUAAAAUGUAAAUAAUAAGGCCAGUUGUGGCACGUCUGUCAUGUCAGUUCUCUCGUCAAUUGCAAUGGAAGGUGCAACAAAUGACUUUACUCUCUGUUUUAAGUGGCUGUCUAAAUCUGCUGAUAGAUCUGAAAUCCUCUCUGCUAUAGAGCUCGUGACGUCACCAUUUUCACAGCGCCAUAUUCCCGGUCAAAAAGAGCUACUCACAGUGUGGGGGACAUUGAACCAGUACCAAAAUAUUCACACCGCCCGACUUGUUGUGUUGUUGGUUGUCACAACAGCCAAGGCAGAUUUUCAAAGAAAUCAUUCUGAAUACCAGCUGAAAAAAAACAGAAAAUAUCGAUGGAUUCUGGCAAUUAACCAUGAUGGAUGGUGCCCAACCAAAAUACACAUACGCCUCUGUAGCGAUCGCUUCAUUUCAGGAAGGAAUUAUUCUUCUCAAUUUCAAAUUACCAAGAAGUAUUUAUAAUGCCAAGUUGGCUCGUUUG